GUCCCAAGGACAGUGGUGUAUUCACCAUCCUGGUUUACUGCCCUGGCCACGGAGCGCAGAGCUGGGAUGGCAGCGGGCGGUGGAGCAGAAGGGAACAGGCUUUGUCCCCCGCCCAGCGCAGGGGCGGUGCGCUGGGCUCCCAACGCCACCGGCGUAGCCCUUGCUCCUCACCCGGCGUUCGCUGGUGCUGGGCAAAGCCGUCCCUUGGUGCUGCGGGGCGGCCGUGCCAUGCGGGGCCUGCUGCUCUGCGGGGGCUGGCUGCUGGCCGCCGGCUGCCUGGUGGGUGCCAGCGGCAGCUGCCGGCACCGGUGCUGCCCGGGCAGGAACAACGCGUGCUGGGUGCUCGGUGUCCGCCGGGCUCACUGCUACUGCGACUCGUACUGCCAGAGGACGGGCGACUGCUGCCAGGACUACCACAGCGUGUGCCGCCGCGCCGCUGUGGGCUGUGCGGUGGGGCCCUGGGGGCCGUGGAGCGGGUGCAGCUCCCCGUGCGGGGUGGGCAGCAAGGCCCGCAGCCGCCAGGUCACCGUCCCGCCGCGGCACGGAGGGGAGCCCUGUCCUGACCUCAAGCAGCGCCGCGGCUGCCUGGGCGAGCACCCGACCUGCGGCACAGCCAAAGAAGUGGCCAAGAUACUACCCGAUUCCUUCAGCCAGGACUUCAGGGAUCCCUGGCGAAGAGCUGGGAUGCUGCUGCUGGAGGAGCCGUCCCGCUCUCCCCUCCCCAGCUACUGCGGCUAUUUCCGCCUGACACAGGUAGGGCCCCUGUGCCGAGAGCAGGCCUGGAGCCGCCGGCUGCACCCGAACAAGCAAGUGUGUGUAGAGUGCCGGGGGGACACGUCCCAACACCGUCCCCACUGCACCGGGCACGGGCUGCAGGGAGCCAGGACAUUUUGGGUGGCUGCCUCCGUGGCAGGGUGUCAGGGCUCGUGGGUGCAGGAGAGGCUGCAGGAGGGUUGUGUCUGCUCUCCACCAGCUCUCAUCUUCGUGUAGCCCCCCCAGGCUUGCUGCUUGCCCUUGGAGCUGACUCCCUGUGCUCUCCAUGAAGUAUUUGGUUGAAGAGUGGGAAGAAACCCUGCUUAUAAAGAUUAAAAAUAAGGGAGUCGCUGAAGUGUGGUGACUAACGGUGGAAGGACAUCACACUGGUGACAUGGGAGGACAAUGUGAUGAUGUCAGGCUCAGCUGCGACAUCAUGCUGUGCAACGAGAUGCUGUUGGCGAGCAGCUCGAGGAUGGAGAUCACAUCCUUCCUCUGUGUGUUUGGGCUGGUCCCACUGCAGGGAACUGCUGGGUGAGCCGUGAAGGGCGCUCAGCUGCGUGCUGUGGUUUGCAGAGACAAAUUAAACAGAGGUACCCAAAGUCUG